GUGUUUUGAAAACUACACAUGGGAGCAUGAAUGUGCAUCCGAAUAUGCACCGGCCGCCUUCGUCGGCACCUACACCAAAGAUGAGCAAAAUAAAAUCUGCAGCAAUUAUCGUUGGUGGUUCAACAGCCAUAUUCUGGGCGACAUUGGUUUGGAGUGGUAAUGAGAGGUUUUAUAGAGAACGCUUUAUGCCGUUUAUUCAGAGAGUAUUUGGUGCUGAGACUGCCCACAACCUCGCCAUCAAAGCAGCAAAGUAUGGUCUAGUACCCAAGUCAAAAUAUGCUGACACACCAAGACUUGCAACCACAGUUUGGGGACAGCAUUUUACCAACCCAGUGGGCGUGGCAGCCGGGUUUGACAAACAUGGUGAAGCAAUGAAUGGACUGUAUAAAAUGGGAUUUGGCUUUGUAGAAGUCGGAAGUGUCACUCCCAAACCCCAGGAUGGAAACCCAAAACCCAGGGUGUUCAGGCUGAAAGAAGAUAGAGCUGUGAUAAACAGAUAUGGAUUUAACAGUCAUGGUCAUGAUCAAGUAUAUAAUCGCUUAAAAAUUUGGAGAGAGAGUGAAGAAGAUAGACUAUUAAUUAAUACUGCUGAAACAAAUGCAGUUACUGAAGUAAAAAGUGAGGGCAGUGAUGUGAAUUACACUGAAACAGAGAACAAGGACAAAAUUGCGGAAUCCGAUGACAGAGUAAAACAUUAUUUAGAACCCCCAGGGUGGCCUGAUGAAAGAAACUUUUUGAAUGAAAAUUUCUUUGCCUUGUGGCUUCCAAAGUUUGAGCGCACUCCACCUAAAGGUCCCAGAAGAAUACUUGGCAUAAAUCUAGGCAAAAAUAAGGAAUCCGAGAAUGCAGUCACUGAUUAUGUGGAAGGAGUCCAUAAGUUUGGUCAGGUAGCCGACUAUCUCGUCAUCAACAUUUCAAGUCCCAAUACACCUGGCCUGCGAGACCUACAAGGGAAACAACAGUUACAAGAAUUAAUAGAUAAUUGGAAGCAAGGAAUCAAUUACAAUGCAAGAGGAAGCCUCCACUACUGGUAAAGAUAGCUCCAGACCUCACAGAGCAGGAUAAGAUAGAAAUUGCUGCUGUCCUAGCAAGACCCAAUAAGUCUGUGGAUGGCUUGAUAAUUUCAAAUACAACUGUAAGUCGUCCACCAUCUUUACAAAGCAAAAGUAAGGAUGAAACAGGUGGUUUGAGUGGAGCACCUCUUAAAGAGCUUUCAACACAGACCUUGAGGGACAUGUACAAACUUACUCAAGGCCGUCUUCCAAUUAUUGGUGUUGGAGGUGUGGCUAGUGGGGAGGAUGCUUAUGAGAAAAUUAAAGCAGGUGCCUCUCUUGUACAACUGUAUACAGCUUUGUCUUAUGAAGGACCACCAAUUGUUGACAGAAUAAGAAGAGAACUAGAUGAGCUAUUAGAAAAAGAUGGUUAUUCAAGCGUAACAGAAGCAGUGGGUUUUGAUCACAGACAAGUCCCAGAAACUUCCAGUAAAAAUGGACAAUAAUGAAUAACAAAAAAAGCACAUUGUUAUUGGUUGAUGUGUUGGACACUUGUAUUUAUUGGGUAUUCACGAGUAUGGAACUCGAAAGUAAAAGUUGUGAUUUAUUUGCGAAAUAUACUAGUCUCAAAUGAGCAUUACGAGUUACAUUUCAUACUACCUGCAGUAAAGUGGAAAUGAAGGGUCUGCAAUUUAAUGUAUGGAAAUUGUUUUCUGGCAGUUUGUCACUGUACAGAUGUUAUCACUGUUGACUGCAUUGUUUCUACGAAUGUUUAUUCUGUUUUUUUUUUUCCAAGAAAAUUUGAAAAUAACUUUAAUCAUAAUUAUAAUAAUAAUUUAUUAUGGUAUGGUGCACUUUACAGUGACUUUAACCAAACAUUUUUGUCAUGACAUUUAAUAAAUAGAUCAGCUUAAACAUGAUGCACUUAAUCUCUAUUUUCAGUUACUGUAAUAUAGAACUUGCACUCGAUUUUAAGAUGCAUCUCAGACAUUUGAAGACCAGUCAACCUCAUCAGGAACAUUGUCUUUGGCAUUUUAUUGGUUUCUGUGAUGUACCAAUACUACCGAUAUGUCACAGCGCUCCUUGCUCAGCUACUAGUCAAAAAGUUUUGGCUAAAUGCAAAGCAUUUACUAACAAU